AUGGGUGACACGGUAGCGUUGCUCGGACAAGAUGUUGAUCUAACCUGUAAGGUGGAUAACCUUGGACGACAUAUGGUGGCCUUUGUCAGGUCAAGUACGCCACCACGACUGAUUUCGUUUGAUGAGAAAAUAUUUCGCCAAAAGGAUAAAUACGAGCUGAAGUCGAAAAUGGGCCCAUUGAACAACGAGUGGGUGCUGACGAUUAAAAAUGUUCAGGAAGACGAUCGUGGCAACUAUUCGUGUCAGGUGAACGCAGACCCCGUCUUGACCGCAACAGCAGAAUUAGACAUCAAA